CCCACCCGGCUCCCGCCGCCCUCCCGCGCCGCCUCCCCGACGCUGGCCCGUGUCCCGCCGGCCGCCCCGCAGCCCGGUGUAUGUGCGGCAACAACAUGUCGGCUCCUCUCCCCGCCAUCGUCCCGGCCGCCAGGAAGGCGACGGCCGCCGUCAUUUUUCUUCACGGAUUAGGAGAUACCGGGCACGGAUGGUCAGAAGCACUUGCAGGUAUCAAAAGCCCCCAUGUGAAAUACAUUUGCCCACAUGCGCCAGUUAUGCCAGUUUCUUUGAACAUGAACAUGUCUAUGCCRUCAUGGUUUAAUAUCACUGGACUUUCUCCAGAUUCACAGGAGGAUGAAGCUGGGAUCAAGCAGGCGGCGGAGAGUGUUAAAGCACUGAUAGAUCAAGAAGUAAAAAAUGGAAUUCCUUCUCAUCGAAUUAUUCUGGGAGGCUUUUCUCAGGGAGGUGCUUUAUCAUUGUAUACAGCUCUUACAACACAUCAAAAAUUAGCAGGUGUCRUAGCCCUCAGCUGUUGGCUUCCUCUACGGGCCUCUUUUCCUCAGGGCCCUAUCAGUGGUGUCAACAAGGACAUUGCUGUUCUUCAGUGCCAUGGGGACAGUGACCCCCUGGUUCCUUUAAUGUUUGGUUCCCUCACUGUUGAGAAGCUAAAGAGUAUGAUAAAUCCAGCCAACGUAACCUUCAAGACUUAUGCUGGCAUGAUGCAUAGUUCAUCUCUUGAGGAGAUGAUGGAUGUAAAACAGUUCAUAGACAAAUAUCUACCUCCCUUAGACUGAACUGAUGUGUGAGAAACCUUCUGUAUAGAUACACCAGCAUCAACUGUGGUAGAGUGUUAAAUCUUUUCAUAUGCCUGAUAGGAGACAUUAUUUCUAUACCRGAAGUGUUACUACUGUGUUGCAAAUUUAUACUUACAAUGAAGACUAAAUAAUGCACAUGUACAAGAAAUUAUAAUCUUUUUAGUAUUCAUUGUCCAGUGAUGGGAAGGAUAUGAAUGAGGGAACUAGGUAACAAUGACAGAAUGUAACUGUUUUAAGAUGUAUGAUUUUUUUUCUUCUUGAUUGCAGAAUUUCAAACUAUUUCUACAAGUAAUAAAAAACUAAAUUUAAAUGAACAACA